GCAGUAACAAAACCAGUGAGCGCACUUCCGGGACUAUAGCCACAUUUUAGUUUUGAGAUAAACAUUCAAAAAUAUCGCUUAUUUUGUUCAGCGAUGCUUUCUAGGUAUUUUUCACGUUUUUCGUUAUGAUUUAAACCCACCGUUAAUGUUAUCGUACUUCUAAAUCGUAUAUUUAUGUGGAAAUGCUGACAGGCUAACAAGCUGCUAUCUGCCUAAUCCGUCGCACUGCAACAAGAGAAAGGCAAAAGCUCGUUCAGCUUUCAUCUCCAGUGUAUAAACUGCACAUCAAAAUGGAUAUUUACAGUCAUUUAGCGUUGUAGUAUAUUUCAGUGUUUGUAUCUUCACCUUCCUUCGUUUCCAAUGGGCAAAAGGAAAGACAUGAUUCACCCCAGGUUCCUCAGUGAGGGCAGCUCCUCUCUCCACAGUGUCCAUAAACACAAACACAAACAUAAGAAGCAGAAGAAGCACAAAAAGAAGCACCAUAGUUUCCCAGAGGUCCCUGAACCCAUCCCAGUCCCUCCUCCUCGACCUCCUCCACAGCUUCGAUUAAAGAUCAAACUUGGAGGACAGACGCUCGGGACCAAGAGUGUUCCAACAUUCACAGUACAUCCCGGUGUGGCUCGCCCUCCAUCUCCUCUGAUGAUCAUUGACAAUGACAGCGAUGACGAUGAUGAGGAGGAUGAAGAGGAGCCAUCGGUGCCUCUGGAGCAGUACAGAGCAUGGCUGGAUGAGGACAGUAACAUGGCGUCUUCCCCGAUGCCCAGCAUGGACUCAGACUCUCUGCCUGUAGACGAGGAAGAGCGAUGGCUGGAUGCUCUGGAAAAAGGAGAGUUGGACGACAACGGAGACCUGAAGAAAGAGGUGGACGAGUCGUUGCUUCACUGCCAGACAGGUCAGACUAAAGCGUUACUCCACAAGCAACAGAUUCAGCCUCUAUUGGAGCUACCCAUGGGGUACAAGGAGAAGGAGAUGACUGCAGAGAUGAUGCAAAAACGAGAGGAACGGGCCCGAAAACGGCGCCUCCAAGCCCAGAAAAAGGCUGAAGAAAACAAAAAUCAAACCAUUGAAAGACUCACGAAAACUAGUAAGGCCAAGAUCAAGAGCAUGAGGGAAAGGAAGUCUAAGCAAAACCAGUGUCCCAUGGUCAGAUACUUGGAUACAAAGGAGGGAGUGGCUAUAUCGUUUCCUACAGGAGUACAAGCACCUCUCCCUGUCCCACCCAUAGCCCACCUGCCUGGGCCGGUCCAGUGUGGGGUCAGUGGGUGCUCCAAUGUAAAGAAAUACGCCUGUUCAAAGACUGGGGUUCCCCUCUGCAGCCUGGAGUGCUACAAGAGGAAUCUGCUACUGGUGCAAAGUGUAGCUUAGGUUAAUAAAUGUACUUUAAAACACAGCUCUGGGAGAAAUAUCAAGAGGACAUAUUCUAUUUCUGGUGCUUUCUAACUAUACUAAAUAAUGGUCAUAAUGUUAGUAGUAAUUUUUCAAUCUUCCCAAUAAAGUUUUUCCUCAGAGCUGAA